CGUCAGCAUUGGAAAAUGUACACUAAAGAGUGUUUUGAGGAUCAGCCCAACUUUUUCAAAGACUGGAUGAAUGAUAUGACGCAGAGCUUCAACCAAACUGGAGAUUUUCACAGGAGUGAAAGAAGUUUCCCAACUUCUGUAUCAUCCGCCCAACACUCAUCAGAGCAGAGACCCUCCCUCCUCGGAGAAAAAACACAGAAUACAGAACAGCUGAACCAGCUCGGUCCUCAGACACGUCUUUAUCAAAACAAGAUGAAGAAGUUCCUGUUGUUGCUUCUCUUCUGUCACGUCUCAUCUCCAGUGAAACACUCACUCAAGUUUUUCUCCACUGCAUCUUCUGGACUCCCAAACUUGUCAGAGUACAUGGCUACAGCAGCGGUGGAUGAAGUUCUGGCGGGUUACUGCGACAGCAACAAAAAGAUACUAGAACCCAGACAUGACUUGGUGAAAACAUUUGUAGAAAUAAAUCCUCAGCAGUUGGAGUUUUACACUCAAAGAUGUUUUGAGGAUGAGCCAAUCUUAUUCAAAGCCAUGAUUGAUAACUUCAAGCAAUGCUUCAACCAAAGUGGAGGUGUCCACAUUCUCCAGAGUAUGACUGGCUGUGAGUGGGACGAUGAGACUGGAGAGGUCAAUGGUUUUAUGCAGUAUGGUUAUGAUGGAGAAGACUUCAUAGCAUUGGACCUGAAGACAUCGACAUGGAUCGCACUGAAACCAGAAGCUGUCAUCAUCAAACAAAGUUGGGAUGCUGAGAUAUCUGUAAUAAAACGCAUUGAGAUUCUCCUCACUGAGAUUGUUCCUGAAUGGCUGAAGAUGUAUUUGGACUACAGCAACAGCUCUCUGCAGAGAAAAGAUCUUCCCUCAGUGUCUCUUCUCCAGAAGUCUCCCUCCUCUCCAGUCAGCUGCCACGCUACAGGUUUCUACCCUGACAGAGCCAUGAUGUUCUGGAGGAAAGAUGGAGAGGAGCUUCAUGAGGACGUGGACCUCGGAGAGAUCCUCCCCAACCACGAUGGAUCCUUCCAGAUGAGUGUUGACCUGGACCUUUCAUCAGUCCCAGCUGGAGACUGGAGGAGGUACGACUGUGUGUUUCAUCUCUCUGGUGUGGAGGACGACAUCGUCACCAAACUGGACAAAGCAGAGAUCAGGACCAACAGAGCAGACUUUUUCAUAAAUGGUGUAGCAGUUUUCUAUGAAAUUUGGUGGACAGACCAUAAACGUAGAAAGAACUUGUGACUCCUGAAACAUCAGUCAAAAGGACGAGUCCUCCUCAGAACAGUGAUUACAUUUCUCUGAUUUAACACCACCCUUCACAUCCUUGUCUCUGCCAUGUGCCAACGUGUCUAUCAUUCAUUAGUUACCAUAUUGAUGUCAGAUUUUUGUGAUACAGCAUAUUGUAUCAGUAUUGAUUUCAAAGUAUAAAACUGUUUGUAGUGCAGUACGGGAUAACUAGGGUUUGCCAGAGUCAGAUCACAGACUGUGAAAUGUGACACAAGAAACAUGACACGAGAUACUCGAUCGG